GGUGGUGAACGGGUCAGAUCGGCCCUUAUCAUAAAAUAUAGAACAUUCGGUUCUGAAAAUCGCGCGAAGUGAUGCCAUAAGUAGUGGUUGAUAAAAAAGGCAGUAAUAAAUAUGGCAUUCUUUUUAUUUGUGUGUGUUUGUGCUCAAUUAGUAUUUUUUGGGAGGACUUCUUGGUCAUUGGAUUCAUCCCCCACGGAUUCGGUGCCUCAGCAAAUUAGAUACGAGGCGCCCGAUGAUUGUCAAUGGUGGAUCAGAGAUUCUCCUGCUGAAGUUUCAUUAACAUGCAAGUUAAGGACUAUCAACAGCGAAUUUGAUACGACCAAUUUUAGCGUGAUCCCCUCGGAGCACACAACAGCCCUUAGGAUCGAGUGUGAUGAGGAUAUAAUGUCUAGGAGUAGCUUGGACGAUAGGAGCUUCUUCCAUUUGAAUAAGUUAAGGGAACUAGAUUUGGAACACUGCAAGUUGGGGAGGUGGCCUUCGGGAACAUUAACCGGAUUAAGGGAUUUAAGAAACUUAACGGUUCGAACUCACAACACGGAUUGGCCUGCAAUGAGUUUGGAUUUUUCUCAGGAAAGCUUUAAUCCGGUACGUCAAUUGGAACGUCUCGAUUUAAGUUGUAACAACAUUUGGUCGUUUCCUGAAAACAUUUUUUGCCCUUUAACCAACAUGGUGUUUUUAAAUGUCAGCGAAAAUCGACUCCAGGAUAUUAGCGAUUUGGGAUUUCGAGAAAAAGCGCCCAAACCACCACAACCGUUAAUGUCGCCGCAAGAAGAUGAACAUCUUUUACAUUCACCCACUACACCGCAAACGUUCACUCAUCCAUGCAGUUUAGAUAUUCAGAUUUUAGACACGUCUUAUAACCACUUUGUCUUAAUACCGGCGAAUGGUUUCAGCGUGUUGCGAAGACUUAGAGAACUUUACGUUCACCAUAAUGAGAUUAGUAUGGUUGCGGAUAAAGCACUUGCAGGUUUGAAAACUUUACAAAUCUUUGAUUUAUCGCAUAAUAAAGUUGUCGCGCUCCCAUCGGAGUUAUUUAAAGAUUCGUCGUAUUCUAUUAAAGAAAUUUACCUUCAAAAUAACUCGAUUAGCGUUUUAGCGCCGGGUUUAUUCUCGAAUCUUGAACAAUUGUUAGCUUUAGAUUUAUCGAGGAACCAUUUAACGAGUGCUUGGAUAAAUGGUGAUACAUUUUCGGGGUUAAUUCGUUUGGUAUUGCUAAAUUUAUCAAAUAAUCGAAUUACCAAGUUAGAUCCUACCUUUUUCCGCGAUCUUUACACCUUACAAAUACUCCAUUUAGACCAUAACCAAUUAGAAACAAUCCCCGCCGAUACUUUCGCUCCUAUGAAUAACCUCCAUACAUUAUUACUUUCCUACAAUAGAAUAACUUACCUCGAUGCUUAUUCUUUAAAUGGACUGUAUGUUUUAUCUUUAUUGGCCCUGGAUAGUAAUAUGUUAAAAGGAAUACAUCCGGAAGCUUUUCGAAACUGUUCUAGUCUCCAAGAUUUAAAUUUAAAUGGUAAUUUAUUAGGAGCGGUCCCAUUAGCAUUAAAAGACAUGAGAUUAAUGCGAACUGUUGAUUUGGGCGAAAAUUCUCUCACUUCUUUGGAAGAACCCGGUUUUAGAGGGAUGACGAAUUUAUAUGGCUUAAGAUUAAUGGGGAAUCAGAUUGAAACGAUUACAAAACGUGUUUUUUCGGAUUUACCAGCUUUGCAAAUUUUAAAUUUAGCUAGAAAUCGAUUGAGAAGAAUCGAACCGGGAGCUUUCGAACAUAGUUCUAAUAUGCAAGCUGUUCGAUUAGACCAUAACGAAUUAACCGAUAUAACCGGUUUAUUUUCCGACGUUCCGAGUUUAUUAUGGCUUAACGUUUCCGAUAAUAAAAUAGAAUGGUUCGAUUAUGCGAUGAUUCCGAAAAAUUUGCAAUGGUUAGAUUUGCAUAAGAAUAACGUUGGGCAAUUGGGGAAUCAUUAUGCUUUAGAAAAUGAAAUUAAACUGCAAACUUUGGACGCAAGCUUCAAUAAAUUAACCUCUAUGAAUGCGGCUGCCGUUCCAAAUAGCAUUGAAUUAUUGUUCUUGAACGAUAACUUGAUUUCGAUGGUUGAGCCACAUACUUUUGCGAAGAAAUUAAAUUUAACCCGAGUUGAUCUUUACGCCAAUCAGAUAACAAGAAUGGAUUUGAACGCUUUGAGAUUAACUCCUGUUGAUCCGGAGAAACCGCUUCCGGAAUUCUACAUCGGGGGUAAUCCAUUCCAAUGCGAUUGCACAAUGGAAUGGUUACAAAGAAUCAAUAAACUGGAUCAUUUAAGACAACAUCCAAGAGUUAUGGAUUUAGAAAGUAUUUAUUGUAAACUAUUAUAUAACAGGGAUAGUAAUUAUCUUCCGCUAAUUAACGCGGAAUCAUCCCAAUUUCUUUGUACGUACAAAACGCAUUGUUUUGCUCUUUGUCACUGUUGUGAUUUUGAUGCUUGCGAUUGUGAGAUGACGUGUCCCACUAAUUGUACUUGUUAUAACGAUCAAAGUUGGUCCGCUAACGUAGUGGAAUGUUCCGGCGUUGGAUAUACUGAGAUGCCAAGUAGAAUACCAAUGGACGCUACAGAAGUUUAUUUAGACGGUAAUAACUUUGGAGAAUUAUCUAGUCAUUCUUUCAUUGGAAGAAAAAAUCUUAAAGUUUUAUACGCUAAUAACUCGAAUAUAGCAGCGAUUUAUAACCACACUUUUAGCGGAUUAAGACGUCUAACAAUUCUUCAUUUAGAAAAUAAUAAAAUUAAAGAGUUGUUAGGAUUUGAAUUGGCAACUUUGGAAAAUUUGCGAGAACUUUAUUUGCAUGGUAACUUAAUUCACCACAUCGAUAACAGAACAUUUUUGGAAUUAAAACAUUUGGAGGUGCUAAGAUUAGAUGGGAAUAGAUUAAGACUUUUUGAAGUUUGGCAAUUUUCUUUAAAUCCUUACUUGGUUGAUAUCGGAUUGGGCGAUAAUCAAUGGUCUUGUGAUUGCCAAUACGUUCAAAAUUAUCGCAAAUGGUUACAAGUUAAUCAAGGAAAAGUUUUAGAUUCAAACAAAAUUAUUUGUAUGUACAACAACGUCACGAAAACUUUUGGGCCUCACCUAAACGAUUUUAACUCAACUACUUGCUCUGCAUACACAAGCGAUACAAGAGCCAUAAUUGAAAAUCAAGUUGUUAAUGAUUAUUUACCAUUACUUCUUGCAACGAUGUGUAUUUUUAUUGUCAGCGUUGUUCUGGUUUGCGGAGCUUUUUAUUAUAGAAGAGAAUUAAGAGUUUGGAUUUAUUCCCGAUGUGGUUUAAGAAUGUGCUACAAAACCACAGCUUUCGAAGAGCAACAAGAUAAAGAUCGACUUUUUGACGCUUACGUUAGUUAUAGCGUUAAAGACGAAGGUUUUAUAACCCAAGUUUUAGCUCCUGGUCUUGAAGGAGCCGACCCGCAAUAUCGUCUUUGCCUUCACUAUCGAGAUUUUAACGUUUCCGCCUACGUCGCCGAUACCAUCAUCGAAGCAGUCGAAUCUUCAAGAAGAACUAUCGUGGUUCUAAGCAAAAAUUUUUUACACAACGAAUGGUGUCGAUUUGAAUUUAAAUCGGCUCUUCACGAAGUUUUGAAGGACAGAAAAAGGAAAUUGAUAUUUAUUGUUACCGGGGAGCUCCCCCAAAGAGAUUUAGAUCCCGAUUUGAGACUUUAUUUAAAGACGAAUACGGUUAUUGAAUGGGGGGAUAGACAGUUUUGGCAAAAACUGCAAUUUGCCAUGCCGGAUAUAAAAAGAAGUUGCGUUCAUCAAAGGGGUUCAAUUAAUAUUUAUGCCACGGCCACGCCUACUCAUUUAGAAAGAUCCAGAAGUCCUGGGUUACCUCCACCACCUCCCCCUGGAAAAUUACCACCAUUCUUGCAACACCCACCUAGUUUACCAAGAGAUGGAAGGCCGAUUCCACAUCCUUUGUGGGCGUAGCGCUUGUUUAACAACAGUGCACCAAACCGGUUAAACCUACUUCAUUCCUACGACUGAAGAUGCCGUCAACUUCAUUUGCAGUGAUAUGUGAUAUUUUUUCAAAAUGAUUCUAAAUCGCCACAUUACGGACUUAAAAAACGGUUGCUUGCCAAGAAAGUGUAACCAGUGUUUUAAAAAUCCGGAAGUGAAAUAAUGUAAAUAAUAAAAUUCUCAUAAAUAUAAAUUAAAAAGAUAUAAACUGUGUAAAUAGUAAUCGAAACUUGUCAUAUCGCGUUGAAAUGAUGAUGGGUUUUUUUGUAGGUGUUAAUUUUCUUUUGAAAUCAUUGAUGAGAUGAAAUGAUUUUUAUUCGAAAAACAAAAAAUCGUCCAUAUUUUAAUAAUUGUAAUUCCACCGUUUUCUCACGAAGAAACUUUAAGUUAGGUUUAAAAAAGGUUGUGAUUCACGAUGAUUUAUUAAUUAAGAGAUUUACAGAGUGAAGAUUUUGAUGGUUUCCGACUAAAAAAACGGUGGUUAUUUUUUCAUACAACGAUUUCUUGCUGUUCGAGAUUUAAUGAAGGUGUUAAUAGAAUCGUACUUAUUUCAAAACGUAUACUCGGACAUUCCUACUUAAUUAAAAAAAACUAUUAUUAUAGAAUUGUUUGUAAAUAAUGUACAGAGGCGAUUUUAAGAUUAUAUUUUGAAACCGAUUCCAAAGCAACUCUAUGUAUAUAUUUAAUUAAUUAAUUAAUUUUUGAAAAGUAAUUGCUUAAGUGACGUCAUAAAUAAAAUU